CCGAAACGGAUUCUAACGGAAUUCGAAUUAGUUUCUGACGGAAUACGAAUCGGAUUCUGAAGGGAUUCGAAUCGAAUUCUGACGGAAUCCAAACCGGAUUUUGACAGAAUCCGAAACGGAUUUUGACGGAAUCCGAACCGGAUUUUGACGGAAUUCGAACCGGAUUCUGUCGGAAUCCAAAUCGUAUUCUGACAGGUUCCGCACUGAACUCUGGAUUUCAAUCUGGAUUCUGACCUGACGUAUUCCGAACCGUGGAAUUUGUGAAAGAGUUCUGACAAAAUCCGAGCUGUAUUAUGACUGAAUCUGACCGGUGUCUGACGAAAUCCAAAACGAAUUUUGACGUAAUCUGAACCGGUUUUUGGCGUAAUCUGAACCGUAUUCUGGAUUCUAACGUAAUCCGAUCCGAAAUCUGACGGAAUCCGAACCGGAUUGAGAAUGACACUCCUCCCACAAUUAUGGAUCACCCACAAUUAUGGAUCACUUUUGUGUUUGACAAUGAAUUUCUAGCUUGAUAUGAAUAAUAUAACACCGGACAUAUUUUUGUGACAUAAAAACUCUUAUUUUCUAACAUUUAUUGCGUUUAUCAUGCUUUUCAACCAAAAAGGAGUGGUAGUUUUGUGCAAGUGCAAGCUUGCUGUUGAGCAUCUGUCAAAAUAUCAACAUUUUUUGGUGGCUUCACAAGAAGUGGUUCCUUCAUUCAUAAGCUUAUAAAUAGUUAAAUAUUCCAUAUCCAAGUGAAAAAAUGGCCCGUACACCAAAGUUAAGGUAUGUUUUUCACAAAUCACACGGAGUUUACUACAUUUUCGUUUUAUUCUGUUGAAAAUUGAAGGAUAUUCAAGUGAUCCAUAAUUGUGACCAGAAACGAGUAGAUUCCCACAAUUAUGGAUCACUUUCCAUCGAAGUAUUUUCCUGAAUCUAGUGAUUCUCCCACAACGCCGUAUCGUUCUUGAGAAUUCGCAGGUCCGCUAAACCACCGAGAUCAAAUAUAGACGAAUCUGUGGAAAUCCGUCAAAAUUGAGUUUCUUUUUUUGUCUUUAUUUAGGUGUUUUUUUUUUUUAAGAAAUUGGAUUUCAAUAAAAUUCAGUUAAAACCAGCUAUCACUGUUUCUCUGGCUUUAGCCUCCCAUCAUAGCGUAUCAUCUUUAACUUUCAGGAAACAUCAAAAACGGAUGCAAUACAAAUCCGAAGCUUUACAGAAAGCAGUACUCGAUGCUCGAAAAACCGGAAAAAUCCGUAAGGCGGCAAAGCUUCACCAGGUUCCUUUCACAACGCUGCAACGUCAUCUUAAGUUACCCCCUAAGAAUAUCAAUCCUGGGCCACCAACAGUCUUGCGAACAAAUGAAGAAGCUCGCUUGGUGAAAUGGAUCAUUUACAUGGCUAGAGCAGGAUUUCCCGUAAGCCAAUCUAUUUUGACCAACACCGUCAAAGAUUUGGCUGACCAGAUCCGAAAAACUCGAAAUGUACCAGCUUCCUUUCCAAGUAUGUAUUGGCACUUGACAAGGUCGUAUUAUUUUUAAUGUUUUUAUGGUAUUUGUUUGACUCCACAAUAGGUAAGAACUGGGUGCAUCGAUUCCUUAAAAGACAUCCGAAAAUUACAAAAAAGUACACAUCCCACCUCUCACGAUCUGGCGCCAACGUAACAGAGGAUCUUCUCCGGAGUUGGUUUCUCGAAGUGGAGAGUAUACUGGCCGAGGAAGGAAUCGACCUGUCCAUUUUUGGCAACCCCAAACGAAUUUUUAAUUUCGAUGAGUCGGGAUUUCAACUGGUUCCCAAAGAUUUCAAAGCUCUUUGCGAACAAGGCGUUGAGAAUGUCUACAUGGUUAGCAAUAACUCAGAUAAAGAGUGUUUUACCGCUCUUUUCGGGUGCAAUGCGGAUGGUGACUUGACUCCGCCAAUGAUUCUCUACCCUGGUAAAAGGAUCAGCCAAGAAAUCGUUCAAAACGUCCCAGAGGGUUGGUCGGUAGGUGUGUCUGACGAAGGAUGGCAAACAGCCAAGACCUUCUUCGAGAACAUAACAAAUGACUUUUACCCAUGGCUUGUCAAAACGGGAGCUGAAUUUCCAGUUGUUGUUUUUCCGUACGGCCAUAAAAGCCAUAUCAACAUUGAAUUAACAGAGUUUUGCUUGAACAAACGGAUAAUACUAAUCUCUCUCUACCCUAAUUCUACGAGAAUUCUUCAGCCACUGGACCGAAUGUUCUUUGGACCAUUCAAAGCCAUUUGGAGUAAAGUUCUCAAAGACUUUCUCCUGGGAAAAAGUUCGGCAAGAGUAACGAAAGUCAACUUUCCUGGACUUUUGAAAACCGCGGUGGAUAACUUCACAAAUUCAAAAAGUUGUCUCCAAAAGGCGUUCAACUUGUGCGGAUUAUGCCCAUGGAAUGUAAAUGCAAUUGACUUUAGUGUGUUGCCUACGAAUGUGAAUGAACUGCUCGAGGACUCAGUGGAAACUUCUACCAUAUGCGAUACAACUGCCGAAGUUGCAUGUCAAACUUCUGAAAAUGAUUAUGAAGUUCAACUCCGAUACGUCGAAAUGGCACUGUCGGCCGAACAGGUUCUUAAGUUUUCUGACAACAGACUGAAAGAUGCAUGGUAUGGUCCACUUGAAGAGCUAGCGCUGUUCAACUUUUGGAAGCUCAUAAAGGAUAAAGCUGAAGGACUUUUUAUACGGAGCCACUGA